CUAACUGCCCGCACGCCCCACGUGCAACUCCUGAUCCUUGAGCCUUUACGGACCUUGAAAAUCUCCCUCGGUCUCAUCCGUCGUCUCGGUGUGCAAGUCUCUCUGUGUUAGAGUGUUCGCGCGCGUAGUGUGGUCAUGGCGACGAGCCUGCCAUGGCAUCCCUUACUAUCGCCUUCGAAGUCUCGCUUCCUAUCUAGCCAACGACGAGCCAUUUCGACGCGCCACGUGGCCACGAUUCAGGCAUUCCGGAGGAGCGACUUCGACGGGUUCGCGAAGCGAGUUGCCUCCGGCGAGGUCUGGAAGGAAGCGUGGAGGAGCGCCAACGAUGGAUUUGAACAGCUCGUCUUCGACGCUAAGAAGGCCGCAGAGCGUUUCGAUCGCCAAUACUACGUUUCCAGGCGCUUCAACUCUAUUGUCCAGUCUGCCACCGACAAGGCUCGUGAGCUCGAUCGCGAGCUUGAAAUCGGUCGCAGGUGGCGCACUUUCACCCUCGAUUUCUCUGGCAACUUGCCCCGGUACAGGAGGCAGCUGAAUGGUUUUCUGGAUACCCCAUUGGGAAGAAGUUUUGCUACGAUCUUCUUCCUUUGGUUUGCAUUAUCCGGAUGGCUAUUUCGGUUCAUGAUUUUUGCAACAUGGGUAUUGCCCUUUGCUGCUCCUCUUCUAAUUGGAGCUGUCGCAAAUAAUUUAGUAAUCCAGGGAUCUUGUCCAGCAUGCCGACAGAAGUUCACGGGAUAUAAGAACCAAGUGAUUCGUUGCGUAGGAUGUGGGAACAUUGUUUGGCAGCCGAAAGGUGAUUUUUCCUCAAGAGGUGGUGGUAGAGGCACUAACUCAUCAACCUCGAGACCUGAUUUUAUUGAUGUGGAGUUUGAGGAGAAAUGAGAGAGAAAGCCAUGGGUGGUGGUGGGUUAUUUCUUGAACUUCCCACAGAUAAUGAAUGAGAGAAAUGAAGAGAAAAAGAAAAGAGGGGAGCUGACAAUCUUGUUUGCCUCCUUAUUUCAUGUUCAUGAUAUGUUUCUUGUUUACGGCUUCUCUUGUAAAGUAUAGAAUUGAUUGUAGGAAUGAUUCUGUAUGCUAAAUUUGUAUAAUUGUUCUCUAUCUGAAGAAUGGAUGGAAGAUAUAGGAAAUUGUAUAAUUGAGCUACGGGCUCUUCUGUAGGCCUUACUACUGCUGUUAUUA